UCUUUCAAUUCCUUUUCUUUCCUCUUCAACAAUCACAAGGCGUCAUGUCAAAUCCAAAUCCAUCCCGAUUACGCUCGCUUUAUCGGUCACUCCUUCGGGAGCUCCCACCUAAACCGCGCUCAACCCCAUCCACACAAGUGCGAUCGCCCCUCCACCAACGAUUAAGGCAGAGCUUUUCGGGCGACGCACCCCACGAACCCCACGAACACGCCGUGGCGCAAGCCGACCAGCUCCUUCAAUAUCUAAAGGCACAAAGGCAAUACACGACCUUGCUAGAACGAUAUAACCCUGGUAUGAAUAUGGAUGAGGAGGAACGUGUUAGACUCACUGCUCGUCGUGUCGGCAUGGACUUACCCAUAGAGUACGAGAAAGGUGGGGAGAAGAGUUAGGAAUGAGUCCCUGAACAAGACAUAUCUACAGAAGGUCGCGAUACUUGUAUCCAGAUAUAGGUCAUACAGUUCGUUAGCGUUACGCCGCAUCAGAACAACUACCUAAAGCGAACGAGACCUACAUCGGAACGUGGGUAGUCAAGGAGGAAACUGCGAGACUGAGUUGAUAGACCACCGGUUUGUUUGAUUCUCGGACUAGUAUGAGUGUAAAUUGGAUGCCAAAGCCUCUUUAACCUCAUAACGUACCUACAUAUAGGUACCUAAAGUGCGGCCAUUACGAAAUAAGUCUCGCGCUUCCCACCAUUGCUCGGUAUUCUAGUGUAUUAUUAAGGUAGGAUUUAUUUGAUGUUUACAUCGCGUGAAUAUCUCUAGAAUAGAUGGUAUUGUUACACGGGAUCCUGGGAGACGCAUCAACAGGUUUCACAACUCGUCACGACAUCUCUACGCUAAGAUGGGCGUUUCUCUGUUUAAUAUAGGGAUUAUCAGGACUAUGUAACCCACGAAGGUGCGUACCUAGGUACUUAGGUGUGUAGGCCAAUUACUAUCCCUUGUGGUAUUACAACGUGAUGUUCCUACAUACUUCGUGAAUUUUUAGCCUUAAUGAUCGGCUUGUAAGGGUUUCGUGCAAUAGCAAAAGAAUAAGUUCCGCC